AUGUCGGUACCUGACAUCGCCAAACCCUCAACCGACGCUGUCACCAUGAACCCUGCUGCUGACGUUGCCCCAAACCUGCCGAUCCUACCUAUUCCCGAACCCCCUGCCCAACCUGCUCGUGCUCCCAUCCUCACUCCUACAUACUCCAACACCACCACCACCAAUGCUGCCACCACCUCGAACAACAAACAGGCAGCAGACGGAGCCGCAGCUUCAGCCGGCGAUCUUUCGCCAUCCAUUAUCGAUAUGGACAUUUUCACCCAACUUCUUGAAAUGGAUGAUGAGGAUGAUCGAGAAUUUUCCAAAUCUAUCGUUUGGAAUUACUUUGAUCAAGCUGAAACCACUUUUAAAGAGAUGGAUGCUGCUCUUUCGACCCACGAUUUGACAGAGUUGUCCACGCUAGGCCACUUUUUGAAAGGUUCCAGUGCCGCAGUGGGUGUGAUUAAGGUUAGGGACAGUUGUGAACAUAUGCAGCAUUAUGGCAAAUGUCACGGCGAGGAUGGCCUUAGUGAUUUGAGUAAAGAGGGGGCGUUGAAGAAGUUGACUGUCACUUUGAGGGAUGUUAAGGUACAGUACAGGGAGGCGGCAAAGGCGUUGAAGGCUUUCUAUGACGAGGAGGAGCAGGAGCAGGAAGAGGCCGAUGGGGAGGGUCAGGGUCAGGCGGAAAAGGAACAGCUUGCAGGGAAAGAAGACACACAGGCAGAGCAAAAGGUUGAAGAGCAAAAAGUUGAAGAGCAAAAGGUUGAAGAGCAAAAGGUUGAAGAGCAAAAGGAGACAGCACCAGCACCAGCAGCAACUAGCGCAAAUCCUGCCACUCCGACAAGUGCAACUGUCUAA